AUGACCCCACGUCUGGAGAAGGCCGUUGUUGCAGAUGUAGAUCAGGUUCUCCACUUUUGUCGCCUGAUGAUCGACCGAGAACAUUUCGGCACGCUUUGGCCGAAGUAUAAGGCUACCACGCAGUACCAUUGCAUGGUGUGCAAGGUUCAAGAUACUGAUUCUAAGAUGGAUUUCCCCAUCCUAUGUGAGCAUCUCCUUCAUCGGGAUCUCGUUCAGGCUGAGAAGAUUCAGAGGAUCACUUGGCUUCUAGACAGAGUGUACGAUGUGCUGGGUUCAGAUAACAAGAUAGCAAAGGCCGUACCGUUCAAGGUCACUCCGAAAGGCGCGAAGCAAGACCGUCAAUACCAGGCCAUAUUACGGUACACAGGACCGGACAUCGAGACGCGCCUCACGCUGGAGCAAAACCACGAGCAUUGGCUCGCACAUCCUCAAUAUUUCUGGGAGCCAGUGAAUCACACUGCAUUCGGUGGCCUGAGUCCAGAAGCACAAAUUGUCAGCCGUUACCAAGUUGCGCAGGUAUCUGCCACAGAUAUCGCCAUUGCAUUGACUGGACAAACUCAUGGUGAAUUGUUCGAUGAUCGAUGCAAGACCGUGAAGAAGAUGAUCGAUUCAGGUUCUUACUAUCGAUCUUUAGAGCAGGCUCUAGGUAAGGGGGUUACCUUAGCCCUCGGGAUCAGCCUUGCUGAAGACACAUGGACCCGUAUCAUGACGAAGACAACGCGAAAAUUCGAUACCGGCGUCAGACAUCUGCGAAACACACAGCUUGCGGAAAUGGCCCAGACGUACGCUCAACUCCGUGAGACGCUGGUUCAGUUUGAAAGAGAACGUCUGUGGGACCGUACCGAAAUGUUUCCCACGACGUAUAAUCAUGCCAUGGUCAUGGACGACCUCCAAUACGCCGAGACCGUACAUCUGAAUGAUGACGAGUGUGAUGCAAUGCUCCAGAUUUGCAUUGACGGUGACAUCCCGAUGCCACCCUUCUGA